CCUUCAUACUCACUCACUCUCACUGAGUUUCUACCAUAUUUCACAGCUUAAAUGGAGUUUACACUUCUAUUUGUUUUAGCUCUAUUUUUUUUGACUAUCGUGGGAAUCAAUGGAUCUAAAUCAGGAGAAGAUUAUUGGAAAUCUGUUUGGCCAAAUACUCCUAUGCCUGAGGUUCUUUCAGAUCUGCUGCUGCCCGAGAGCGGAACCAGUGUGCCCAUUAAAGGCCAAGACGAGAAGCAAUAUUGGACUGUAUUUUUUGAACAUGACCUCUAUCCUGGCAAAAAAAUGAGCUUGGGUGUCCAUAAACAUUCGGAUGUUCAACCAUCACAAUCAAAGGGACAUUUACAGGUCAAAAAAGCAAAUCAAUUUUUUGGAACUCGCAAAUGGCUCGAGAAAACAAGUGCAAAAGCAAGACAACCUUUUGGAAUUAACAUAUGGUGGGAACAAAAAGAAAGUGUAAAACCAAAACAACCUUUUGGAACUCACAUAUUAAUUGACAAACCAACUGAAGAAGAAAUGGCAAAACCAAACGAUCAUUUUGGGAUUCUUGUAUGGACUGGUAAAGCAAGUCAAUCUUUUCGAACUCAUAUAUCAAUUGAUAAUGUAGCUAAGAAAGAAACCGAAAAAAUCAGUCAAACUUCUGUAGCACAUAAAUUGGAUGAAAAAGAGACACACAUUCUUCACAGCUACUGUGGAAACCCAUCGGCUAUAGGAGAAGAGAAACACUGUGCAUAUUCACUAGAAUCAAUGAUGGAUUUCGCCAUUUCAAAGCUUGGAAAGAAUAUUAAAGUGAUGUCAAGUUCAUUUUCUCAAAGCCAAGACCAAUAUAUGGUGGAGGAAGUGAGAAAAAUAGGAGACAACGCAGUGAUGUGUCAUAGAAUGAAUCUUAAAAAGGUUGGAUUCUAUUGCCACCAGAUCAACGCGACAACGACUUACAUGGUUCCAUUGGUGGCCUCUGAUGGAACUAAAUCCAAGGCACUAACUAUCUGCCACCAUGAUACAAGAGGUAUGGAUCCUAAUAUGCUCUAUGAAGUUCUCCAAGUCAAGCCUGGAACUGUCCCUGUUUGCCAUUUCAUUGGCAACAAAGCUAUUGCCUGGGUACCCAACGAUGUUGUGAGUGAGUCCGAUGACCAUUCUUGUGUCAUCUAGACCAUCUCUGGUUUUGUCAUCUAUGACCAAUAUGAUGUUCUUUGUUUUGGAUAAUAAUGUGCAGAAAAAUUGUUGUGUUUGAUGUAAUAUUUUCUCUUUAUUUUGAUUUCAUAAUCAUGGAAAUAGCCGAGGAAUCGAUAUCCUCUUGUUAGCA